AAACAAUUGCCUUACCUGUGAGCUGUUAAUAAAACUACAUAAAUGGCAUAAAAUAAGCGUUGUUGUUGUCAGCGAGCUUAUUUUAUUUGUUGUUUAAGUUCUGUUCAAACAUUAGCAUACUGAAUUUUAUGUUGUUUAUGAGGAUCUUAACUUAUGAAACAUUGUUAUGAAAAUGAAUUUUAAGAUAUUGAUAGCUGCGAUAUAUUUUAUUCUUAUAACGUAUUUAAAAAUUGUUAAUUCCGCCUGUCAGUUUCUUGAUAAUAAUGCCGUUUGUAGUAAUUUGAAGAGCGAUAAAAUAAUAAAAGAGAACUUAGACAAGUUUUCGAAAGUAGAUAAUUUAAAGAUAUCUGGUUCAUUUUUUCCUCUUAUGUGGUCUUACAUAUGCAAACUCACACAUCUAAAGGAGCUGGAUAUCAGUUAUAAUAAUAUCACGGACAUUCCGCGAGAUUGCUUCAAAUAUUUUGACAAGUUAUUAAAGUUAGACAUCGUUUGCAACGAGCUGGAACAUCUGAAGAGUCAGGCGUUUGACGGACUGGUGAACAUCGUGUCUCUGAAUCUGUCGCUUAACUUCAUUCGUCAUAUCGACGUCGACGUUUUUAUCAGCACAAAUGCUUUUAAACGAGUGUCGAGCAUUAGUUUAUCGAAAAACAAAUUGACAACUUUAGGUCCAUGGCCUUUAAUGAUGAGGAGUGUCAACAAAAUAAGUAUUGAUCUACGAUAUAAUUUGAUACAAUUUUUCACAAAUGAUGUAAACUUUUCAUUCAAUUGUAAGGACAAACAGAGAAACUACAUUGACUUGCGAAAAAACAGCAUUAAACACUUGAGCGAAAUAUUCGUCAACUGGACAGAUGAUAUAUCGAAGGUCAUAUGUUCGAAUACACCUUUAAACUUUCUCGACACGGCUGGCUCUUAUGCAUGCGACUGUGUUGAUUACAGUAUCAUCAGAGCAGUUAUAGCGAGCAAAAGCAAUUUUUUAGACGACAAAUCAUGCAUGAGCAACCGUAUUAGACUCGUCAGUAUUCCAAUGAACGAAAUGGAAUGCGAAAUAAAACAUCUAUGCCCUGAAAAUUGCAGCUGCAAACAAAAGCCGCACACACGUUCGGUUGUAGUCAGUUGUAGCAAUGCGGCAUACGAGAGCAUCCCUCCUGGCGAUCUACCUUCGCUCAUUCCACUGACUCCAUUUUCUGAUUUUCAUCUAAAAUAUGAUUUAUAUUUCAAUAAAAACCUGCUCACAAGUUUUAAUUUAAGCGAACAUGUUUUUAAUGAUACAAAAAUUUUAGAUUUGAGUGAGAAUAAAAUAAACGAAAUAUCUCCGCAUACCUGGGUACAGUUGAUCCAAGUGGAAGAUAGUGUGUUUUUGCACAAUAAUAAUUUAUCGUAUUUGCCAAGAAUUUUGGAGAAAAUGAACAUAACAUCAAAAAGGGUUACUCUGCAUGGCAAUCCUUGGUCAUGUACCUGUCAAAAUGCCUGGAUGCUCGAUUGGCUGAAGUCACAUGUUCACGUCGUCAAGCCAGAAAAAAUGGUCUGCGCCUACCCAGAAUGGCACGAGUCGAAAAGUCUCUUCGAAGUUGAUUUCUGUUACUCCCCGCCUUCCAACGCGGCCAUCAUUUCUUGCGUGACGGUUGGAAUUGUCGUCCUCAUUGUGGCAGUAACAUACGUCUGGUAUCGACUGAGGUUCGGACCUCAGAAAACUAAAGACCCCCCAGUCCCCCCAAACCCAAAAUUAACAAACGACGUCUUCAUAUUUUGCUCAGAUGAAGAACAAGUGCCUUUGGUUAAAGAAAUAAUCCGCUGGUUGGAGAACGAACAUAGAUUUUCGACGAUUUGUGGCUUAAGAGAUUUUGAUAGCAAGCCAAAAGUGGUCAAUAUUAACGAGGCUUUGACGACAUCGAAACGCAUCAUAUUCAUCGUUUCAAAAGAUUUUCUGAAAGAUAACUGGUGCAUUUCAGGUACAAUGUCAGCCUUCUCUUUAGUAGAAGACAAACGUAGAUUCAUUGUGAUAUUCUGUGGUGUUCAUUUGCAAAGCACAAAUAUCCCAGUAGAAUUAGAAAUUUACAUACGCACGUACACUUACCUGAGUUUCACCUCAAUGGACGAUGAAUCAUUUUGGAAGAAGCUGCUUCGUGCUAUGCCGAAGGAACGCAGCUCUACGACUUUCAAUAACGAAACCUCUUUUAUUGAGAAUUAAAUUGUUUUAACUAAUUAAUUAAUUAAUUAAUUAAUUAUCGCAAUAAUAAAUAUAACUAUAAAUGGAUUAUCAGCUACAGCUUAAUUAAUUAUUACACAAUUUUUUUUAAAUCAGAAAGAAGCAUUCUCAAUUAAUCAUCCUAUGUUAAUUAUUAAAUUUUAAAUGAACUUCUAUUAGAUUUGGUAUUAAGUAGCUUUAUUUUAUUUCCGAGGUGUAUUUAUUACCUUGUUAGAUUUUUUUUAUUUGCUUGCAAUUUCAUUCAUUUUGAAGUUUUAUUCAUUUUAACAAAAUUUGAAGUUUCAUGUGAUAUUAUUUGAACGUACGCGCGUGUGUAUAAAAUAAAAUAAACAGUUCAAGUUGUGUGUGUGGGUGUACGUGAACAUAUAAAUAUUGUUUAAUUUUUCCUAUAUAUUCUCUACGUAAUCAUCAUAUAUUUGUUGUAACCCUUUGUACACCAUUAUGAAAAU